CCUGCUUUUGCGACAGCCGUGUAUUUUUACGGCUUUUUCAAUAAACUGCUGCACAAAAAGUAAAUACUAGUCUGUUUACUGGAAUUGGGGUGGACAUUUGAUGAAAAAUGAUUCUGCGACGGUUAGCAAAACUUGCUCUUGGUCCUCGACUGUCCUCGCCUGCAACCCUCGGAGGACCAAUGGCUAAGCUGACCAGAGCAAGCUCAGAUAUGUCUGAAUUUCGAGAAGUCUUCUCCAAAGCCAAACACGUAGUCAUUAUCACGGGGGCAGGCGUAAGUGCAGAGAGUGGAGUCCCGACCUUCAAAGGGACUGGAGGCCAGUGGAGGAAAUGGCAAUCACAGGAUCUGGCCACGCCCGAGUCUUUCUCUCGGAACCCGUCCCUGGUCUGGGAGUUCUACCACUACCGGAGGGAGAUGGUUCUGAGCAAGGGACCCAACGCCGCCCACCUCGCCAUCGCCCAGUGCGAAGCUCGGUUCAGGAAGCAGGGGCGGUCUGUGGUCGUCAUCACCCAGAACAUAGACGACCUGCACCGCCAGGCGGGGUCCAAACACGUGCUCAAGAUCCACGGAAGCCUUCUGGAGACCCGCUGUGUGAGCUGUGGACACGUGACUGUGAACCAGCGGAGCCCCAUAUGUGCUGCCCUGAAGGACACAGGUUCCCCGGAACCAGACACCAGCGAUGCCAAGAUCCCUGUGGAGGACCUCCCGAGAUGUGAGAAGAGUGACUGUCGAGGUCUGCUCAGACCCAACGUGGUCUGGUUUGGUGAAACCCUGGACUCCCACGUCUUGACCAAGGUGGAGAAGGAGCUGGACACGUGUGACUUGUGUUUGGUGGUGGGCACGUCCUCGGUGGUGUUCCCCGCGGCCAUGUUUGCGCCUCAGGUCUCCUCCAGGGGCAUCCCCGUGGCAGAGUUCAACAUGACGAAGACCCCCAACACCGAUCGCUUCAUGUUUCACUUCCCGGGACCGUGUGGGAUCACCUUACCCCUGGCUUUGGCCCGUCAUAAGUCAGAGGUCAAUGGAGUUUGAGAACCGUGAUACCCGGAAUAGGUUGUAUGGCAUCACGUUCGACGGUAUCGUUCCAAAACAUGUGCCUUGAAGAUGCUACACAGCGGUCUCGCGAGCCUCACAGCGAUGGUUCCAAAUCGACAUCGGCAAUUUGUAAAGGUCACUUUUCAAAUCAGAGUGAUGGCUUGUCAAGUAAGGUUGACUUUUUAGGUUUCUGAAUUUUCCAAACUGGUCGAGGUGCAUUUUGAGUACAGCUCUGUCGUGCCAUACACAAUAAUAUACACCCAGGUGCACAGAAACGUCUGGGAAGUAGGAUUCUGCUGGCCUGCCUACCAUACAAGCAUUUGCACGAGACUUAAAUGGAUGUUUGAUCAGAUAGCCUAAUGUGGACGCAUAUAGACACACAUCAGCCUGACAUUUAGUUUUCGACACGUUUUCUUUUUGGUUCGAAAGCACCAAAACUACAAGUGAUCUUUCCCGUUCUCUGUUGCAUUGUUACGGUAGAGCUGCUAUCUGCAUACUGUUGAGCUGGAAUUUUCAAUGGAGACUUGAACUUGAGAGGUUAACUGAUCUAGGAAUUUAAUAUGAGAUGCUUUUAAAGGUUGCUCUUGGGGUUUGAAAAUAGGGAGUUUAUAACUGGAAUUUUGGAGAAGGGAUUUUUAACAAGGAUUUCUUUGUCCUAUAACGUGUCGACAUAUAUUGUGAUUGUGACGUAAAACUUGAGAUGUUUUUGUGAGAUUUCGUAGAAUAAGAGAGAACAGUCUCUCAGACCUGUAUUAAGGGGAACAUCAUAUUGCUCCUACGUAACUUCCAAAUCACUGGGACCUCCAUGCUUCUACACCCUGUUGGUCUGUCCUCUUUGAACUGGAUAAACCAUGUUACAGUGCAACACACAAGCCAGUGUUUGAAACCACCAAGCCCAAAGACGUGCCUAGGAAGUGCAAAGCAAUGUCACAAAAGCUUUCGACUUUGGCUAUUACUUCAAGGACCAAGACAGUGGAUGGAUAAAACUGUUUAGGUUUUGUAUACUCGUCCUAAACUGGUGUUGUGUUGUUCCUCUGCUCGUGUUGCAUUCUCACUGUAGUGUGUCUGUUACUGCAUAUUCCUGCAUACUUUAAUAGACAGCCUAAUCACAUGCUGGAAGUGACUUUGUGUGCAGAAUCAAAUACAAAACAUGGAGCCAUGUUUCUAUAUCACGAUUGUAAAGAUGAUUUUCUAUGAUUAACCUUUGGCUUCUAGGCAUCUCUACACAAUUGUCUUAAUAUGCCAUACUCCAAUAAAGAUUGAGUAGUUAA